AUGGCUUCCCCACGUACAAUCACCAUUGUCUCCCUUUCAGUGGCUCUCGGCCUAUUCUUCGUUUUCAUGGGAACGACUAAACUGACCCCCAGGCUCAGUAAGGAUGCCUACAAUGAGAUGAGGAGGGCAUAUAAAAGUUAUAUGAAGGCUCUACCAGGACUCAAGAAGCUUGGCCUCUCCUCCGUGAUUAUGCGAAAGACCAUUGGAUCCUUAGAGCUUGCUUGUGGAAUUGUCCUCACGUUGGUUCCUGGGCGACCGAGAGACGUGGCCAACUUCAUCCUUCUGCUUUUGGUACUUAUCGUCUUGUUUUUCCACCAGCUUGUUGGAGAUCCUCUAAAACGUUACGCACAUGCACUGGUCUUCGGCAUUCUUCUCACCUGCCGUUUGCUUGUAACGCGUCAGCCAGAAGAGGAACCUCAUGAAAGAAAAGCAUUGCAUAGAGGCAAUGGUGCUAAUUCUCAAGACAGCAAAAUGAAGGUGUCUUAA